GUACUUUUCGAGUUCCUGUGCGACCAACAUGGCGGCUGAUACAGACGAUAGUAAAUACUUCGUGAGGGAGAUCGAUAAAAACGAUGGUCGUACCUUGAAGGUGAAGCAAUGCUACCUGGGAGAUGUCGGAUGUGUAGUUUGGGAUGCUGCAAUCGUUCUUGCAAAAUAUUUAGAGACAAAACAAUUUUACGACCCGUGCUCAGGAGUAAGCGCGUGGACUGACAAGAGGGUGCUCGAGCUCGGUGCUGGGACUGGGGCCGUCGGUCUGAUGGCAGCAGCUCUGGGGUGAGAUACCUGCUUAGAUACUGAUCAUUGAAUUCCCUACAUGAACAUAUUUUUAGAUUUUGUAUGACAUGGAACAAUUGACAGUCGAACAUUAACAAACUGUGUUCUCAAAUAUGGAUUUACGAGGUGAUUUAUUUUUGGAGUCUAUGUAUGCGGUGAUUUCCACUGCAGAACCAUGUCUGUUUUUAAUGCAGUGUGCCACGGUCACCUGAAGGUUUUCAGAUCGUAACUAUCCAGUCGGACCUUGACGCUUUUGUACAGAGAGUUCUUAGGGAUGUCUAAGUAUUUCAUGUAAUGGUGCACUGUAGUUUUACUAAUACUAAUUUUUUACACAUUAUUGUGGAAUCAUUUGACUGUUUUCUCUCCUUAUUUCUCACCAAGGGUUGAAUCUCUUAUUGUCUUUACUUCUGUUGCAAAUUAACCAUAAUUGGCUGUAAGAUGUUUCUCCACUUAGUGUAUAUAUAUAUAUUACAACUUUCAACUUUGACUAACUUCCUAAAGUCUGUGAUUUUUUUCAUUCCUAUAUGGUUUUGCAAACCAUCAAAAUGAUACCCACCUCUUAUUGGUGCUAACAACAGAGCUAACUUGAUAAUGAAAUUUUCAUUGUGCUGUGAUGAAUCCCACAGCGCUCAGGUUACUGUGACAGAUCUGGAAGAGUUGCAGACCCUUUUGAGGCUCAACAUUCAGGAAAACCACGCACUUACAAAGACUGGAUCAAUUACUGCCAAGGUACUGAAAUGGUUUGUAUUUAAAACAUUUUUUUUCUGUACAUAUUAGACAUUUUUGAGUCAUAAAAGAUGAAAGUGGUGAGAAUAAAUGUUUUUGUGCUUCCUCAUGGGUACUUUUGACUGUGUUAUCCACUUAAUGCUGAAUUUGCCAGUUGCAAUUGUUGUCAAGGUAAACUGUUACCUGUGAAAGUAAUUCUUUAUUCUGUUUUUAUCCACUCUAUUCAUUAUUUUUCUACUCUUGUGCACACAUAUGUUGUAAAUAAAGAUAUUAGUUAAAUGUCACAGAAUGCCACCUAAUUUAUGUGUUCCUUAAAGGGGUGAAGAUGUGUCUGAGUUCCUGCCUCCCCCACAUUAUAUCCUCAUGGCAGACUGCAUCUAUUAUGAGCAGGUAAUUUUUCAAAGAUAUCUGCACUGUAUUGCCAUCAUGACAAAAUAGAACAAACCCUGAACGUAUCUUGCUACUUUUAAUAACUUGUCUUUGGUUCCUCACAGUCUAUUAUUCCUCUGGUGGAGAGCUUGAAGCUGCUCUCUGGACCGGAGACCUGCAUUAUCUGCUGCUAUGAGCAACGCACAGAGGGUGUCAACCCAAAAGUGGAAAAGCAAUUUUUUGGGGUGAGGACUUGUCCUUAUAAUCCUUUUUUUUUUUUGGGUGAAAAAUAAGAAAUAACAGCUUGGUAAAAUAUAUAUAUGUUUCCUUCAGCUGCUUGAACAACACUUCUCUUGUGAGGAGAUCCCAACAGACAAGCAAGACCCAGAGUUCAGUUGUCCAGACAUCCACAUCCUGCAUAUCCGAAGAAAUGUUUGAGUCUGUAUGGUGAUAUACUGUACGUGCAAGCUCAAGUGUUUCAACAUAAGAGACACGAGAAGUAGAACAUUUAAUGUCUGUGUUGCUAAACAGGGAUUAUCUUUUUUGUAUUCAACUUUCUGCACAUGAUUGAAAUAAAAAAUAUAUUCACAAAGCACCUAC